UGGCCGAGGCUCCUCGGCUGGAGGCCGGGUGAGGGGUCGAGUAGGGGCCGCCCAGGGGAGGCCUGGACUCGGGUCUCUUCCCCCAAAGUUCGGCGCUGCGGACACUGCCAGCCCAUACCUUUCCAAGUCAGAAACUUGUAGGAAACCCCUCGGCGAUUCUUAUUUUUUGCUCAAGUGCAGACAGCCUUCAGCCCGAGCUGCCGCCAGGGCUGGUGGUGUCUGACCCAGCUGUGGUUUUUCCAGGCCUGAAGGCCCCGGAGUGCGCCAGCGGCAUGUACAAAGAGACCGUCUACUCCGCCUUCAAUCUGCUCAUGCACUACCCACCCGCCUCGGGAGCGGGACAGCACCCUCAGCCGCAGCCCCCGCUGCACAACAAGGCCAGUCAGCCCCCCCACGGUGUCCCCCAGCUCUCUCCUCUCUACGAACAUCUCAGCAGCUCACACUCUACACCUGCACCUGUGGACAUCAGCCAGAAGCAAGUUCACAGGCCCCUGCAGACCUCUGACCUCUCUGGCUUCUACUCUCUGACCUCAGGCAGCAUGGGACAGCUCCCCCACACUGUGAGCUGGCCCAGCCCUCCUCUCUACCCCCUGUCCCCUUCCUGCGGAUAUAGACAGCACUUCCCUGCCCCCACUGCAGCCCCUGGCGCCCCCUACCCCAGGUUCACCCACCCAUCCUUGAUGCUAGGCUCCGGUGUACCUGGUCACCCUGCAGCCAUCCCCCACCCAGCCAUUGUGCCCCCCUCAGGGAAGCAGGAGCUGCAGCCCUAUGACCACAGCCUGAAGACACAGGCAGAGUCCAAGGCAGAGAAGGAGGCUAAGAAGCCAACCAUCAAGAAGCCCCUCAACGCCUUCAUGCUGUACAUGAAGGAGAUGAGAGCCAAGGUCAUUGCAGAGUGCACACUUAAGGAGAGUGCUGCCAUCAACCAGAUCCUGGGCCGCAGGUGGCACGCGCUGUCACGAGAAGAGCAGGCCAAGUAUUAUGAGCUGGCUCGUAAGGAGAGGCAGCUGCACAUGCAGCUAUACCCAGGCUGGUCGGCGCGGGACAACUAUGGGAAGAAGAAGAGACGGUCAAGAGAAAAGCACCAAGAAUCCACCACAGACCCUGGCUCGCCUAAGAAAUGCCGUGCUCGCUUUGGCCUCAACCAGCAGACGGAUUGGUGUGGUCCGUGCAGGAGGAAAAAGAAAUGCAUUCGGUACUUACCCGGAGAAGGCCGCUGCCCCAGUCCCGUUCCUUCCGAUGACAGUGCUCUAGGCUGCCCUGGGUCCCCAGCUCCCCAGGACUCACCCUCAUACCUUCUGCUGCCCCGCUUCCCCACAGAACUGCUUGCUAGCCAUGUGGAGCCGGCACCUACAUCCCCAGGUCUCUCCACUGCUCUCAGCCUACCAGCCUCCAGGCCCCUACAGGCCUCCCACAGCACCCUGCCAAGAACACAGGUACAGCAACAGGAAUCUCAGAGACAAGUGGCCUAGCAGGCACAGGACACCUGUGGUCUCCUCCAGGGGCCUAUCCCAAGAGGAAGCAACAGGCCCCAAUCGCAUGGAAAUCAGCCAGGGAUCCUGUUAACUCCAUCUUAGAUUCCACUCCCUGAAGACUUCAGAGGCUGCACAACUUACACUUGAACCUGCGGCCAUCAUUUCAAACUGCUCCAAGUGGUGGGAAUCAGAUCUAUGUUGAUGCAUCAUCUAAUUAAGAGCAUCCCUUGU